UCCUUCAAAAAAUGUUGCCAUUUGUCACCGCUCCUGAAUUUGCUUUGCCAAAUUUACCAACUGAGCUUUGGACCAUCAUCCUGAGAUCUUUGGACCCAUCUUCGCUUAUAAUUGCUGUCAAAUCCAUCGACUUGUGGAAACGCAUUAGUCAAGAAGAUUCAGUGUUAAGGCAGACCGUCAAGAACCAGCUACUCUUAGAAAAACGCAGGCGCCGAGAGAAUAUGCUCAAUCCUGGACUGUUACUUUCCAUAACUAGAGAAGGAGCAGGAAGACUGUUUGCAUCCAACGCAAGGAAGAUAAUUCGGCUACAGUUUCCAGCACAAGGACCGGUUAAGACCCAAGAAAGAAGGAAACGUUGCCAAAAUGAAAGCAGUAAAUCUCAUAACCACAAAGUAGGAAGAAAUGAAUAUUGUAAAAUAAUGCUCUAA